AUGGAUUCUGUUAAAUCCUCUCUCUAUUUUGAAAAUAAAAUCGUUGUGGAAGCUAAAGGCUCAGCUGGAGGUCUUUGUAUUAUGUGGAAAAAUGGUCUUUCAAUCAUAGGUGUGGAACACAACAAAAACAUGAUCGCCAUCAAAAUUUCCAAUGUAGUCUGUGACUGGCUCUUGGUUGGUUUCUAUGGGCCCCCAUACCACUCCAAAAAGAAAAAGGCCUGGGAAAACCUUUUCGCUCUCUUGGAAUCACACCAAGGCCCCUGGGUUUGUCUCGGAGAUUUCAACUUCGUGGUAAAUGACAAUGAGACUCUUGGUAGCAGGAAAGGUGGCUCAUUUACUACUAAUUACCUCAAAGAGCUCAUGGCUGAGUUAGGUGCCAUUGAUCUUGGCUUCACAGGCAGCAAAUUCACAUGGGCAAAAGGCAAGUGGGGUAAUGCUCCUAUCAAGAGGAGACUUGACAGAGGUGUUGCAAGCAUAUCGUGGAGACUUGCAUUCCGGAAGGCUAGCAUCGCCCAUCUUGGUGCUAUAAAAUCUAACCACACUCCUAUCUUAUUGGAUACUAAUCCAUCAGAGUCCUUUGCCCACAGGCCAUUUCGCUUCGAAGCAGCCUGGCUUAGAGAUAAUAGAUGUCCUAUUGUUGUGGAGAAUUCGUGGAAAACAAAAACUACCGGAUCAGAGUUUGUCAAGCUUUAUAAAAAGCAAGCUGCUACCAGAGAUGCUCUUCGAAAAUGGAACAAGGAAGUCUUUGGCCAAUGUCAAAACAAAAUAAAUUCCCUCCUCCAGAAAAUUAAGCAUGUCCAAGAUAGCCCUCCGUCCCAAGAGAAUGAAGCAACUGAAAUCUUGCUGCAGUCUGAGUUAUCAAAGUGGUUAAUUAGAAGCGAAGCCCUUUGGCGCCAAAAGUCUAGAGAGCUUUGGCUCAAACUAGGGGAUAAAAAUUCAAGAUUUUUCCACCUUUCCACCAUCAUCCGGAGAAGGAGAAAUAACAUCGAUGCGAUAAAACUUGAGAAUGGUUCGUGGAGUUCAGAUUUAAAGGAGAUCUGA